ACACUGGCAUACCAUACACAUCUAUACUUUCCUUACCUUUCUUUGAAAAGUUCUCGCUUUUUCUAGGAGCUAUGGAUCCUCAUGGAUCCUAUCCCAACCAAGUCAGAUCAAGUGAAAGUGAUGCCAACAUUUCUCCCUUGAAUGAUGCACCGAGAGGCACAACUAUCAUGCCAAUAUUGAGUGAUCUUUUCUACCUUAAUCCCCCACCAUCAGAUUCGACUUGGAUAGGAAACACCCCACCUACUACUUAUGCACCAUAUGUAGAUACCAUGCCAUCGAUAAUAGAUUUCUCUAACAUGCCAUAUCAAACCAAUGUAUCACUAUCAACACUACCUCCACAAUUUUGCGAUGCAAAGUUUACUCCUUUAUCUAGGGUCAAUACCCUUACUUCUGAGCCCAACCAUAGGGAAAUCUCUGAGAACCCGCCAGAAAUAUUCUCACACCAAGAUCUCUUGUCAAACCCUAUUAGGAACUACUUUAGUUCAUCAGAUCAAAUGAGCAUCUUUUGCAUGGAGUCUCCAUCAAUUACGUCCUUACUCCAAGGAGAUCCCAUUGCAGUUGUCCAUGCCCACCUUAAUACUAUUGGGUCGAUGGAUGAUGGUCCAAUCUUUGAGAUACCAACAAGGCGCGUCAUCAAGGAUCUACAAACCACACAACAUGGGAUGUUAAGCCACAAGUCUACUUAUGUUGUACCCACCCCUCUUGCUCGAGUCGCGACAUCCUCACAUGUUACCAGAGAAGACAAGACUCCUUUGGGUAUCCAAAAUGGAAUGCGUGAUAGUGGUAUUGUGCAUAAUACUACGUAUUUACGUAAGUACACAUGCAAUAUUUGUAAUCUCAAUUUCUACUCCCCCCAAGCCUUUGGUGGUCACAUGAGUUCCCAUAGCAAAGCAAGGAAGAACAAGAUACAAAGUUGAUCAAUGAGCUGCCAAAAUGGAUGAAGCGAGAGGUUCUAUCCUAGGUGGAGAAGAUAUUAUGGUUGUUUAUUUUUAGAAUAAAUGGUGAAUAAAAUAGCAUAAGAUUGAAAAAUAUGUUGUGUGGGCGUGAAAGAAUAGAACAAUAUUUGUUUGAAUAUGUUUGUAGUUGUUAUUUUCUUAUGUAACUAUUAGACUCAUGGAUGGUUUGGUGCUAUGUUAA